AUGGUACUCGAAUCCAUUUACGAUUCCGAGUUUCCAGACACAUCGCACUUCCGCUCGGGUCGAGGCUGCCACUCGGUCCUAAGACGGAUCAAAGAAGAGUGGGGAACCUCUCGCUGGUUUUUAGAAUUCGACAUCAGGAACUAUUUUCACACCAUCGACCGACAUCGACUCAUCUCAAUCUUUAAGGAAGAGAUCAACGAUCCCAAGUUAUUUUACUCCAUUCAGAAAGUCUUUUCCGCCGGACGACUCGUAGGAGGUGAGAAGGCCCCUUACUCCGUCCCACACAGUGUACUACUAUUGGCCCUAUCAGGCAACAUCUUCUUGCCGCCUUUCUUAACAAGUCCUCGAGCCUCCUUUACGCCGCCUUCCUCAUAG